AUGUCCGUUGAUAGUUAUAGUGAAAAUAGUUCAAAACUAAAUACUCAUAUAGAAACCUCUAUAGCUAACACAAUGAGUAUAUCCCUUUCAAAUGGCAAAGUGCCGAAUGAAUCAUUAUCAUCAUCAUCAUCUUCUUCUUCAUUCACUCCGUCCUCUAUAUCUAGUGCUUCUUCUACAAACACUCAUGUAUUGCCAUCUGGGGAGUAUAUUUUAAACAGAAAUGAACCAAAAACAUUUUUAAAUAGUUAUGAUUUGGAAAAAGUGACAGAUUCAGAGAUUUAUCCUCAGAAAAGACUGUUCUCCUUUCUACAUUCUAAAAAAAUCAAAGAAGUCCCACAAAACGACGAUGAAAGAACCACAUACCCUUUACUCCAUACAAACAUCCUAUCUUCCAUCUAUUUUUGGUGGGUUACACCAAUCAUUAAAACAGGUUAUAAAAGAACUAUCCAACCAAACGAUUUGUUCAAAAUGGAUCAAACACUCUCUGUGGAAAAAUUAUAUGCCACCUUCCAGAAAAACCUCAACUGGUAUAUCCAAAGGGCUAGAAAUGAUUAUUUAAAACAACAUCCAAAUGCAACUGAUGAUGAAGUCAACGAAAACAUUGUUUUACCCGAUUUCACGCUCCUAAAAGCCUUGUUCUUCACAUUCAAAUACCAGUACCUUUUGGCCUGUUUGUUUGCUUUGUUAUCGAAUUGUGCAUCCGGGUUCACUCCAAUGGUAACUAAAAGAUUAAUCGAAUUCGUCGAAAAGAAAGCUAUUUUUCAUGACACUAAAGUCAAUGCUGGUAUAGGGUAUGCUAUCGGUGCAUGUAUUAUGAUGCUUUUAAACGGUAUAUUUCUUAAUCACUUUUUUCAUAUGUCGCAAAUGUGUGGUUCUGAGGUGAAAGCUGUGUUAACUAAAGCUGUCCUAGCCAAAAUGAUGAAGGCUUCAAAUUAUACCAAACAUAAAUUUCCUAAUGGUAAAGUAACGUCCUUUGUUACUACAGAUGCCGCAAGAAUCGAAUUUGCCAUUUCAUUCCAACCUUUCCUGGUUGGAUUCCCCCCUGUUUUAGCUAUUUGCAUUGUACUUUUAAUCGUUAAUGUUGGUGCAAUUGCCUUAGCUGGGUUAGGUGUAUUUUUUAUGGGUACACUUCUCACACUGGCUGUCUUCAAGACUAUUCUAGAUAUCAGAACUAAAGCUACAAAAUUUACUGAUUCCAGAGUUAAUAUCAUGAGAGAGGUUCUAAACAAUAUGAAAAUGGUCAAAUAUUAUGCAUGGGAAGAUGCUUAUGAAAACAAUAUCAUUGAAACAAGAACAAAUGAAGUUAUUAAUGUUAAAAGAAUGCAAUAUAUUAGAAAUUUUAUUGUUGCAUUGGGUGUCUCUUUACCUAACAUCUCUUCAUUAGUCACUUUCCUAGCAAUGUACAAAGUUAAUAAUGGUGGUAGAAAUCCAGCUAAUUUAUUCUCUUCUUUAUCUAUUUUCCAAGUUUUGUCAUUACAAAUGUUCUUCUUCCCCAUCGCUGUUGGUACUGGUGUGGAUAUGGUUGUUGGGUUCCGUCGUAUGCAAGAAUUUUUCCAAUCUCCUGAUGAAGUAAGUAUUGAUGUUACACCUGAUGCUAAUCUUGACCCAUCAAUUGCUUUGAAAAUAGAAAACGGUGGUUUUGAGUGGGAAGAUUUCUCUGCUCUAGAUAAUGCUGAAGAAGAAAAAAAUAAAACCGAUAAUAAUGCUGAAAAAUCUAAAGAUACCAUUAUCUCACAACCAAAGACAGACAGUUUGACUAAAACAGGUGACAAGUCAGAUGAUUCUGAAAAACCCUUUACCCAUUUUGAAAAUCUUAAUUUUGAAAUUAAAAAAGGUGAACUUAUUAUAGUUACAGGCCCUAUUGGUUGUGGUAAAACUUCCCUUUUGAAUGCUGUAGCUGGUUUCAUGAAAAUAACAAGUGGUAGGCUACAAGUAAAUGGUGACUUAUUAUUGUGUGGUUAUCCUUGGAUCUUAAAUGCAACUAUAAAAGAUAAUAUACUUUUUGGUUCUCCAUAUCACAAACAUAAAUAUAAAGAAGUUUUACGAGUUUGUUCCUUAGAAGAUGAUUUGAAGAUUCUUCCUGCUGGUGAUAUGACAGAGAUUGGUGAACGUGGUAUUACAUUAUCAGGUGGUCAAAAGGCACGUAUUAAUUUAGCAAGAGCUGUCUACAAGACAAAAGAUAUUUUCUUGUUUGAUGAUGUCUUAAGCGCUGUUGAUAGUCGUGUUGGUAAACAUAUUAUGGACGAAUGUAUGUUAGGUUUACUUAAAUCAAAGACUAUAAUUUUAGCUACACAUCAAUUAUCUUUAAUUGAAAAGGCAGAUCGUGUAAUUGUUCUUUCAUCAGAAGGUCAAUUAGAUAUUGGCACCUUUGCUGAAUUGAAAAAAUCUAAUUCAACUUUAGUCAAUUUGUUAAAAUAUUCCCAUCAAAAGACAGAUAGUGAAGACCCCAAUAACAACGAAGAUAAUCUAGUGGAAAAUGAAGAAGAAGUAUUAAAGGAAGAGGGACACAUGAAAGAAUUAAACAUGUUAGAAAAAGAUAUAACCAACAAUUCAAACAAAGAUGGUCAUUUAGUUUCAAAAGAAGAAAGAGCUGUGAAUAGUAUCAAGAUGAGAGUUUAUAUGGAAUACAUUAAAGCUGGUGUAGGCAAGUGGGGCCCGUUGGUUAUCCCAUUAUACAUAUUUUUUAUUAUAGGUGCCACGUUCUUUAAUCUUUUUUCUUCUGUUUGGUUAUCAUAUUGGACUGAGGAAAAGUGGCCUGCCAGAACUACUAGUUUCUAUAUGGGAAUGUAUUCAUUUUUUGUAUUCGGUGCUUAUCUAUUCUUAAACUUCGAAUACACCUUACUUUGUAGUUUAGGUAUUAAUGCCUCAAAACAAUUAAACUUAGCGGCAGUUAAAAGAAUUUUGCAUACCCCAAUGUCAUUUAUGGAUACAACUCCAUUAGGUCGUAUAUUGAAUAGAUUCACAAAGGAUACUGACAGUUUAGAUAAUGAAUUAACAGAUAAUUUGCGUUUGGUAUUAUCUCAAAUAGGAAGUAUUAUUGGGGUUAUCAUUAUGUGUAUUGUCUACCUACCAUGGUUUGCAAUUGCUGUACCAUUUUUAAUAUUUUUUUUCAUCCUUAUCACAGAUCAUUAUCAAUCAUCUGGAAGAGAAAUUAAGAGACUAGAAGCUGUUCAACGUUCUUUUGUUUACAAUAAUUUCAACGAGGUGUUAACAGGCAUGGAAACUAUUAAAGCUUAUCGUUCUGGAGAAAGAUUUUUGGCCAAAACUGAUUUCUUAAUUAAUAAAAUGAACGAGGCAGGUUAUUUAAGUAUUGCUGUCCAAAGAUGGGUUGCUUUAUUAUUAGAUUGUGUUGCUGUUGCCUUUGCCUUAAUUAUAACGUUAUUAUGUGUUACCAGAGCUUUUCCAAUUUCUGCAGGCUCAGUUGGUGUCUUGUUAACUUAUGUGUUGCAACUUCCAGGACUAUUAAAUACUAUUUUAAGAUCUUCGACACAAGUUGAAAAUGACAUGAAUAGUGCUGAAAGACUCGUUUCAUAUGCCGCUGAACUACCACUAGAAGCUAGUUAUAGGAAACCAGAAAUGUCCCCACCAGAAUCGUGGCCAGAAAAGGGUGAAAUUACUUUUAAUAAUGUCGAUUUUGCAUACAGACCUGGUCUACCUAUUGUAUUAAAAAACAUGAACAUAAGUAUCAAUAGUGGCGAAAAAAUUGGUAUAUGUGGUCGUACUGGUGCUGGUAAGUCUACUAUUAUGAGUGCUUUGUACAGAUUAAAUGAAUUAUCUGGCGGUAAAAUUUUAAUUGACGGUAUUGAUAUUAGUAAUUUAGGGUUAUACGAUUUACGUCGUAAAUUAACCAUCAUUCCACAAGAUCCAGUAUUAUUUAGAGGUACAGUAAGAAAGAAUUUGGACCCAUUUAGCGAAUAUCCCGAAGACUUGUUAUGGGAUGCUUUAGUUAGAAGUGGCGCUAUUGACAAAGAUGAAGUAGAAUCUGUAAAGAAAGAAACACCAGACAGUAAUAAUUCCUACUCAAAUAUGCACAAAUUUCAUCUAGAUCAAAUUGUUGAGGAAGAGGGUUCUAAUUAUUCCCUAGGUGAAAGACAGAUCUUGGCAUUAACAAGGGCUUUAGUACGUCAAUCCAAGAUUUUAAUUUUGGAUGAAGCUACUUCUUCUGUAGAUUAUGAGACUGAUGGUAAGAUCCAAUCACGUAUUGUUGAAGAAUUCGGUGAUUGCACAAUUUUGUGCAUUGCUCAUAGAUUAAAGACAAUUUUAGAUUAUGAUAGAAUUCUAGUAUUAGAUAAAGGUGUUGUUAAAGAAUUUGAUACACCAUGGAAAUUAUUUAUGAAAGAAGAUGGUAUUUUUAGAGGAAUGUGUUCUAAAGCAAACAUUACAGAAUCUGAUUUUGUAAGAAAGGACUAG